UGCUAAUUCCCAAGGUUCGCACUUGUAGAGAUCGACAUCGGGGAUGAUAUCAAGCUCAAUUUCAAGGCCAUGAAUCUUCCUCUUGAGCCUUCCUCCUUGAUCUUUAUUCUCUCUCGCCAUGAAGAAGACAAUCUCCAAGGUUUCCAAGAUCUUCAACGGCAGUAAGAAAUCCAAGGAGGACGAGAAUGUUUCCUCCAUCACUCCUGCGCAGUUGGGGGAGAUGAGGGGAGUCAUUCCUCCUGAUUAUGGCGUCCAGGAAGCCACGGGUACUACUUUGGAGUGUAAUCCUGGCAUCUCCCGCCGAUUGGUCGUCCACUACGACUCGGUUAGGAUGGGAUGUCGUUUUCCUCUUCAUCCCCUCUUGAUUGAACUUUGCAACCGCUACGCCAUUCCUCCCGGCCAGAUUUCCUCCAACUCCCACGAAAGUCUUUUUGGCUUCUUGGCGCGGUGUCACAAGAGAGGCAUCAAACCCACUCUGAAGCUCUUCCUCUCUUUCUUCCGUCCACACAAGUACGACAGUGAGUUGGGCCGGGGGUACGUGAGUUUCACAGCCCGGACCGAUAUGCAGUUUUUGGACAGCCCUGUUGACAAGCUUGAUGACUGGUUCCGCCGCUUCUUUGUGGUGGUAGUCCCGGAGAACCUCCCCUUCCCUGUGUGGCGAAAGAAGGAAGACAAAUUUCCUUCUCAUACUUUUCCUCCGCGUGACUCGGAGCUUGAUGGGAUCUACCGUCUCCUUCUCAAGAACGGUUAUCCGGUUCCCAGGGCGCUUCUCUUCAAGGAUUCAAACCUCCGGGGUCUCGGAUACUGGGUGUCUCCCGAUACUCCUCUUCAAGAUCCGUCAGGAAACACAACUUCCUCUUGGGUUCCUCCUUUCAGGAGCACCCGACUCUGCCGGCGAUCUUCUCGAAGGGAUCCUUCCCCGGAGGAGGACACCGAGGGCGAAGAGACUGGGUCCGUGACUGGGACCCAACCUAUGCUACUUGCCGACCGCCCUCAUCUUUUGGAAGAGGUGGUGGUCGAGGAAGUCUCUGACGACGACGGCCUCUACGACUUCCCUCCGGGGACCUUGAGGGGGUCCGGUCUUAUCCCCGAGUCAGCGGCGGAGAGCAUUUUUGGGACGCCCCUUGGCCAGGGCGGUGUUCCUCUCCCUGGAGCAAAUAUCCAUCGGUCCUUUAGGGAGACGGAGGAAAAAAUUCGGUCCUCCAGUUUUGGGAAGGUUAUUGUCCCAUCCUCCGUCCAUCCCACUGCUGUUCCUGAUCCAUCAACUCAAGAGACCGGGUCUUCUUCUUCUUCCCAGGCCCAUCACAAGAGGGGCCAGAAUUCCACUCCUCUUCCAGGCUCUUUGGUGUCCGCCGGUCCUUCCAUGGGGACCGCUGAUCACUUCUUUGGGACCGCUGGUGAUGGGUCUCCUACCGGGCAAGGGAGUCAGCCCUUUCCCUAUGCCCGGGAGGCCUAUCAGUUCACAAGGUACACGGCUUGGGUUGGACGGGAUUUCAACAGCAAGCUUCAAGAAAUACAACAGCUUAAGAGGGACCAUCCAGAUGUGAUUCACAGCCCCGUUUGGCCGUUUAUGCAGGAGGAGUAUACUCGUAUGCGCCACUCUCUUCGCCUGUUGGACCGCAAUGCUGCUUUAUCAAAGGAGCUGCGGGAUUUCAAAUCUCGGCACUCUAUUUGUGUCGAGCGCCCGGAAUACGAUCGGGUUUUGUCGGAGAACGACCAGCUCUACUCUGACCGCGAGCGGCUUUCGGCCAAGGUUGGACAGCGUGAGGAAUCUCUGAGGAGGGACUUGGAACGGCAAACCAGAGAGCGUGAAUUGCAAGUUCGAGAGGAGGCCGAACUUCACCGGAAGAGAUUCGAGGAGGAGUUGGAGCGAACGUGGCGUCGCCGAUCCGAAGAAGAGGCAAGGAAGGCGGCGGAAGAGGUUGAGCAGAGGUGGCGUCUCCAGCAUGAAGAAACCGAACGUCGACUUUCUCAAGGGGUUGACGAGCUAAACCUAACCCUUAUGGAGGAGAGGCGUUCAGCUCGGAGUUCCCUUGACGAGGCCCGCCGCUCACUUGAGAACGAGCGUCUCACAUAUGAGGGACAUAUGGCUCGAAUGGAGGCCGAUCGCAUCUCAGAUUAUGGCAGGGGGUUCUAUCGUGGAGGAUUGGAAGUCCAACAGAAGUUUUAUCAUGGUCUGGAGCCCUAUUCCGAUGGGCAGGAUCCUUGGCUGAAGUUCCUAGGCAUCCCUGGACCCAUGGGACCAGAACCCUCUUUUCUCCACUCCCCUCCCCCAUCUUGAAUUAUUGCAAUUUGUUUAGGAACGGU